CUUAGCAGAGAUAUUUUCAGACCUAAUUAUUUCGAUGAGCUACGAUAAAAACCAACACGAGUGAAUGGACGGAUUUCCCUCAGAAAAUAAACCAUGUUUCUUAGUCCUUAACUCUCCUCGAAAGCAGAACCUUAACUUUGUGGGGAUCAAGAAGAGUGUUAUUAUGGUAGAAAAGCAUUAUGAACAGUAUCUUCCUUUGUUGGAAACUCAGAGCACCAAAUUCUUGACUCAAGGUGGUUCAUCCACUAAUCCUUUAGACUGAACAAAGUCUAUUCGAUUAGAGACUCCGAUCAAAUUAGAAAAAGAGAAGAAUUUAGAUGACCAGACCAGGUUGACGACUGCAGAUGUCUCUGUGAGAAUAUAGCAAGGGAAGUAGAAGGGCCAUCUAAGGAACUUUCUCGCCAAAUAAAAUAUUACUACCCAAGCUACGAGAGUAAAGAUACCAAUCUUUUUAUUGAUGGUGAAGUUCAGAGGAACAUCUUAAGGCAUACCUUCGAGAACGCUCAGAACUUUACUUCAGUGAACAAGCUUUCAAGCUACUGUAGUAUGAAUAAGGGAGCUGAGUAUAAUUUGUACAACCCUAUUGAUACUGAUAAGCAAGGCCACAGAAAGUAUAAUAAGAGUCAAGGGAAGAAAAGGAAUGAGAAGCCAAAACUCGACAAGCCAGGGUCUCAGAAGGCGAGCACAACAAGAUUGACUGAGAAUCCUAAAGGCCCUCUAGCCCAUCAAAGAGGGAAGGGUUCUAUUGUUGUAUCAAGGGAGAAAAAUACCUUCUAUAAUGAACUGAGUCACUCGUAUUGGAACUAUAUCAAAGAGAUGGGAAGAGCAGAUUGAAGUAUGCACAACACAUUCGGGCCCCAAAACUACAUCUGAUCCAGUAAAGCUGCUAAAAUUGGAAAGGAGAGAAAUGCCAAAAGAAAAGGUAAAGAGAAGAUAUGUUCUAAGAGAGUUUCCGUGAUCAGGAGGAAGAUUUCUAAACCUAAAACUGCCAAAAUGAUUGAGAGCAAGUAUAACAGAUUUAUUUCUCGGAAUGGAAUGAAGACUCCACUUGAUAAAAAUUUACAAAGAAUUCAGUCGUCUCUGAAAGAGAGCAGUGAUUAUAAAUUCCUUGAUGAUCAAAAGACUAUUUGUAAUUCUCAUUCCAAAGGGAAGCUUAAAUGUUGUCUUUUAUGAAAUGAGCAUUCAUAAUUUGUGACUCAUAUUUCUGACUAUUCUUCCACAAGACCUUCCAUUAAAGUCAAGAGCUUGCAAACUUUCAGCUAAGGGUUCAAGAAAGAUAUUAAGAAAGAGUAAAAAGUAAAUAC